UUCAAAGAGCACAGGGACUGAAAGCAACGUUAUAAAACCAAAUAGAGGAAACAACAUGUCUGCGGUGGCACCUUGAUGGAAAUAUUUCAACAAUUAUUGGAUGGAUGGUUAAAGUUUAUCAGUUUUUUUGCAGAAUUACAAAACUUCUGAUUCAAAGUGCAGUAGAUAUGAGUCAUCGUUCUCGAACCUCCAAGGUGCGACAGCAUGUCCACUGUGAUUCCUGCUACAGCCGGCGCUGCAGGGCUCGGGUGGAGGUCUCUGUGUGCUGUGCAGUCGUCCCCUGUCGCCUGCACUGUGGCGCUCUCUUCCACCUGUGCAAAGAGGAGGAUCACCUGCUGCUCUGCCCUAAUGUGAGGGUGCCUUGCCUCAACGCUGGGUACGGCUGCCCGGUCCACUUGCCCCGCUCCUCGCAGGCAGCUCACCUCCAGGUGUGUCCGGCCAGUGUGGUGUGUUGCUCCAUGGAUUGGCUCCGCUGGCCGACGGAUGACACAAACCCGCACAGCAACAUGGCCCUGCAGGAGAAUGUGAUGAAGGAAAUUGAGGGGCGGGGGGAGGCUCUGGAUUAUGCCAUGGCCCUGGUUGAUCAGUCGGACCUUUACCACCGCCUGAAAAUGAAGCCCCUCUAUCCAGAGCUGAUGGAGGAAGAAGAGGAGGAAGAAAUAAAGGAGGAGAAGAAAGAGGAGGCAGCAGUGGGAGGGUUUGUCAGUGGUGUCACAAACAGUGAUGCCAGUGAAGGGAACAGCUUGUGUGAGAAUAAUGUUGAAGAGACUGUACAGAGCAGCGUGGGACAAGGCCUAGUCUUCAGCAAAGAGAAGUAUAACUUCGCUGAGAUGAUGUUCGGCAUGGAGAGAGGUGGCUGUGCAGUCGCUCAGGCAAACCUAGACAAUCCAAAGCAAACCCCAAAACCUGGAGAGAAGGGGGAAGCCCAGAGUGGGAGAGAUAUAAAGGAGGCUGAGAAAAAGGACAGCGGGGUAAAAAAAGCAAGCGCAGACCACAAAGACACAGAGAAGGGUCGUGAAAACUGUCCCCCACUGGACACAAGUAAGACCGGGCAGGCCCCGUGGCAGGAGGGGGUGCUGGAACGUCUGGGGCAGGAGCUCAGCCCACAGGAGUACAACAUGUAUUUGGUGCAUCACGGGCGCAUGCUGCUUGCCUUCGGACAAAUCGAGGCCUGUACGCCGAGGGAGAAAGAUUUUGUCUAUGGCAGCCUGGAGCCUAUUCCAGUCCAGACCCUGCGCUCUUUCAAGAUUCCUGACAGCUAUCACUACAGGCGGCGGGUUCAUCUGUAUGACACAGCUGCGAGGGCUCAGAGCGAGCCUCGCAGUGUAGACACAUCAGACCUUGGGGCCAAUGAAGAAGACUGGUUCAGUGACGAGGCAGCAGCCACCCUGCUGGGCUACGCUGAGGAGGAGGUCAUGGGUCACAAGAUCAGCGAGUCAAAGGCAGCCGACGGGCUCUACGUCGAUGUGGGAACACAGACGUACUCGUUCCGCUCGGCCCCGUUCAAAAGGAAGACGACCCUGGCCGAGGUGAUGGUGGGCAAACCGCCGAAGCUUCACCUGCAGCUGCAGGCAGAGAGUGUGAACAGCAGACACAGCAGAGCCACCUGCGUCUUCACCUUCCUCUGUGGUCACACCUUCCACCGCAGAGAGUUCGCCACGCAUUUCAGGAACGUCCACAGUGAAAUCCAGACAUGUCUGAGUGGAUGGUUCGAGCAGAGAUGCCCCCUAGCAUAUCUGGGAUGCACCUACAGCCAGAGGAGGUUUCAGCCCUCCACACAAAAAGCCACCGUCACCUACAAUCAGCAGCUGAGGACUUUCAACUUGCGUCCGAUUCUCGCAGACUCGCUGGGUGAUGGGGUAGGAGGUCUGGAAGGAGGAGGGGAGGACUCUCUGAGCUCGCUGCCCUACGAAGUGCUGUGCCACAUGGCCACUUUCCUGGACAGCCUGUCCCUGUCCCAGCUGGCUCUGGUGUCCAGGCUCAUGAGGCAGGUGUGCUCCUCUCUGCUGCAGGAGAGAGGGAUGGUCACCCUCCGCUGGGAGAGAAAGACCUACUCGCAUGGAGGAGCCAAGUGGAGGGCCAAACCUGUGUGGGAGUUCAGUCGACUCUUCUCCUCAGUGGAUUCAUGGCAUAUGGCCGACAUCCCUCCUAUAUCUGCUCAUCUAAAAGUCUGUCCUUACUAUGAGACCUCGGUGCACAGUGAGCCUGUUCCCCUCCCCAGCCUGAAUGAGAAACAGGGGUGCAGCCAACAGAAGAUGAGCCUUGUCAACCAUUUCACAGGAAAGAGAUAGCAACAAUGAAAAAACCCAUUUAAUU